ACCUUCACUGCCCAGGUCUUGCCGUUCUUAUUGAUCCUCUGUCUGGCGAGCCUGACGAGCACCGAUCGGGCGCUGCCAUGGCCAGCGCUGACUAGCCCGUUCCAACCCGCUUACCUAACUCCUCCUCAGGCUUCAGGCUCCCUCUCUUCCUCCCUCAUCACCGCCCACCCACGCUUCCCCUGGGCGCGUUUCUUGUCCAGACGCCGUCGACGCUUUGUAGAUUCCAGUCGCUCGUUUCUUUCGCCGUUCUCUGCUCCCAUCGCCUGGUAUGCUGACCUGAGAGCUGUCCGUUCCCUACUUCGUACCGUUGGGCCGUCACUCCUUUGCCGUCCGCCCCCUCCUAUCUCCUGUCUGGGUUGA